AACGACAGGUGGUCGCCGACUCGAACCAGCCGUCCGACCGAACCUAUCGACUUCUCAUCCUCAUCAUCAGCCGCUUUCGUGCUCUAGCAAGAACGAUAUGCAGUGCUUUGUGUUGAAGUGCUCGUGGUGACAUGGCGUCCUUUUUUUAAAGAUUGUGGAAGGUGUUAAUACUUUCAAAAUAUCGUUUAUUUACAAUGAAUGUGAACUAUGAUCGUGUUUGUAGACUGUGCUUGUCAUCUCGAGGCGAAUUACUGCCGAUUUUUCCUACCACCAGUUCGGAUGACUCGGAACCUCCCGUCCUCGCUUCCAAAAUCAAGGAUUGUGUGUCCAUACAGAUAAACGAAAAUGACGACCUGCCCACUAAUGUCUGCAGGAAAUGCAUGGACAAUGUCAACAACUGGCAUGUAUUUAAAAAUGUAUGUGAAAGGACACAAAACAAACUACAGUCUCUAAAAGAUGGCAGCCAACUAGAAGAGGUGAAAAUAAAAAGUGAACCACUAUCUGAUGAGGCUUAUGAUGAUGGAGUGGUCAUUGAUGGCUCAUAUCCUGUCAUUGAGAAUGCUGGCUUGUCAAACAAAGUGCAGCCUGAAGGUCCCCCAAUCUUGGCUUCAUUGGGGCUCACACCAAGAAGUGAUAAGGGGGCGGAAAGUGAAAACAAUGAAGAAGAAGAGGAAGAAAUGAAUGAGCCCGCACAAAGUUAUCCAAAAGUGCCACACAUGCCGGAGGUUUCUAUCACAGUAAUGCGGCCCACCGGCGAGACGCUGCACGCGAGGCAGGGCAUCCACCAGCUCGCGUCCAAGGACUGCCUCGUCUGCGGCCGCUCCUACAGGUACUCGCACAACGCCCGCCGACAUGAACUCACCUCGCACAGCUUCGACAGGUACACAAACAAAAUCACUCCUAAGAAAACUCUCACUCACCUACAACCAAAACUCAGACCGAAUCCGUUUAACCCCAAAGCACGGAUGAUGCCGAAUCCUAUUAGUCAUAAGAUGCAAUUCAUGAAUAAGAACAUCCCAGCGAAAAUUAUGCCCAUCAAUAAAGUUGUAACGCCACAAAGACCUAUUCCAAUCAAAACGUCCAAGGCCUCGCAAAAUAACUUACCAUAUCCACUGCGUAUUAAAGCACUCAAAGAUUUGCAAAUAAAGAAAAAGGAACCUCAGAUCCUAAAGACUUUGUUGACCUCUAAACCUGAAGUACUAGUAUCAGAACCUGAAAUCUUAAAUUCUGGACCUGAAAGUCCAGAAACGUUGAUAUCUGAACCUGAGAUUGCGUCAUUUCAAGUCGAGGCUAUUCUCACUGAACCUGACGCCGAAGCUAUUAUACCUGACGUCGAUGGAUACGAUCACCAGCAAGGUGACGAAGAAGGUGAUGAAGAAAUGCAUAACAAUCAGAAUCAACAUUAUGACACGGUUGACAUGGACUCAGAUAACGAAAUCGAGAUUGCUCGCCAAGAAGGCGAACAAGAAGGUGAACAAGAAGGUGAUGAUAACGCUGACGGCGACGAAAAUGUUGACCAGUGUGAAGAUGAUAAUAAUAUGGAAGGUGCUCAAAGCGAUAACGAGAAAGAUGUCAACGAUGACACUGUAGAAAGCCAAGAACAUAUGGAAGAAGAUGACAGUCUUGAUAUUAAACCUGACGGAGACAUGAAGGACGAUGACGGCCAGGAAGAGAGAGAACAUGAAGACGGAGAACACGAUGAAGAAGGUGAGAUGAAUCAUAACGAUGUCGAGGAGGAAGAAGACGAUGACCUUCCAAUGACAUUGGCCCCAGUCGUCGAAAUAAAUGAGGGCUUACAAACUAAUUCAUUUAACAGCGAAGUUAAUGAAGAUGACGAGGAACUGGACGAAACAGCUGAUCCUAAUGAUACCAUUGACGACGACGACCAGGUGAAAGAACUUGACCCUGACAAAACUUAUGUUACUAAAACCCAAAGAGAUUUCAUCCAAAAAUAUCGCGACAUCAUUCAGCAAAUUAACACAAAGCGUUGUUUGUGCUGUGAUCGGGAGCAUCCCCGCAGAAAAGCAGUCAUACAACACUUGCAGAAAAACGGACACAAAGUACCAAAACACACUUGUUACAACUGUGUCAUCACAUUCGGCCACAUUGGCGCUUUACUCAGCCAUAUGAGGUCAAAUUCUUGUACCAAUUUGUGGAAAAUUAUUUACAACGAAAAUGGCAUUACUGAUGACUUAGUUCUUGAAGAUGAACCGAAAGAAGUCAAGGUUCAAUACAAAGAUAUUUUCAAUGCCAGAUCAUACGCGUGCAAGCUGUGCCCGGCUAAGUUCCAACUUAAACAGUUUAUCAUGAAGCAUGUAUUGGAUACACAUGAGGACGGACAGUCAAGAGUGCCUCUCUGUUGUGUUCACUGCCGUUCUAGAUUCAAAGAUAAAAGUUUACUCAAAAAACACAUUCGUAAAGGUGAAUGUACGGUUUAUAUAGCUUGCGAUCUGUGUGCAGAAAGGUUCGGGAAUAUGCAAGACUUUAAUGAUCACGCUUUAGCUGUCCACGCUGGCAGUUUCGAUCAGUCGGAUAAUCAAAGCAAAUGUGUUGACGGUCGACCAACUGACUGUCCAUUAUGUGGAAAGAAAAACAGCAACUAUCCGAAUUUAGUGAAACAUUUGAAGAUUAUACAUAGUGAGGAGAAACCUCAUUACUGCCAGCAUUGCGACUCUAAAUUCGAACAAGCUACUGAUCUGAACAAACACAUUUACAUGGAGCAUUCUGACCGAACUUUAGGCAUGGCCAGCUCUGAGCCGGAUAUGUCCAUUGUGAAGGAAGAAGCUGAAGAAUAUCAUUACUCGUGUACUGAAUGCAAUGCCAUAUUCGAAACUGUGGACGCGUGGACUGAUCACCAGGUCGCGGAACAUAACCAAGUGGCCCACCAUUGUGACCAGUGUGAGAAGAAAUUCCUUCGUCCGUCAGAGCUCGCGGAGCAUAAGAAUACUCAUUUGAGGGUUAAAUUCUAUCCAUGCAGUGUCUGCCCCAACUCUUACAGCACUCCACAGAAACUGUCUGAGCAUGUUCAGCAGGCACAUGCGGGAAUCGGCGCAGUCGCAGCUACUGAAUCUGAGUUUUUCUGCGAUAUUUGCAUCAGAUCAUUCAAAAGUCGCCAAGCAUACUCCAACCAUAUGCGUAUUCAUGCUAAAAUACCAACCACAAACAGGAAACCAGGCGUUAUUAAAGGCGGGUUUGCACCACAAAUCAUAGGAAAACCCAUUAAACAAUACCCUGUAGUUCAACCUGGGUUCGUAUCAUUUAAGCCUAAUUACAAUAUACCUAACGCUCCCUACUCAUGUGACAUUUGCGGCAAAGGAUUCAUGCAUAAGAAGAAUAUUUGGAAACAUAAGAAAGUAUUGCAUGCAGACAUUUUAGUUGAUAGACAUGAUAGUGAAGAGAACACUAUGCAAGCUUCGACUGAAGAGGAAGAAUUCAAUCCUGAUGAGAACGGUGCGGUCCUCUCAACACCGCAAUUUAAUAGUUUUAACUUCUCAAAUUUUCCGAACAAUGCGCAACAAGCGUCACCAGCAACGCCUUACUCGUGUGAAUUAUGUUUUAAACGAUUCCCACUCAGGACUAGUUUGUGGAAACACAAGCGCGCUAAACACGGAUUUGUAAAUCCUAGCACAAGUGGUAGCAACGAUACAUCAACAGCAUCGGCCAGUGGAGACACUAGCAGUAGAUCUAGCUGCACGAUAUGUAGGAUCACGUUUGCGGACAAAAAAUCUUACUACCGACACCGUAAGACUGUCCACAAAUCCACCGUUCAAAUGUGUAAAAUAUGUGGCAAACCUCUAAGUUCAACGUUGGAAUUGUACGAGCAUUUGAAGGCCGCACACGCAAGAGAAUUACUGGGUUAUAACGCCAACCAAGGAUCAAGUAAAUCUCAAGAAAUGAAACAAGAGAUUGAACCUGAUUAUGAAAAUGAUCAGGAGUCGGCAGAUCCCAGCGUAGAUUAUCAAGCGAGAUACCCUUGUGACACAUGUGGUAAACAAUUUGUUGGUUUGCUUGCUUUGCAAAAUCACCAGUGCGUCAACCAGAUACCAGCACAACCACAGACGUUCGACUGCGAGAUUUGUCAUAAAAGUUACACUUCAAUAUCAGCACUAAAAAGCCAUCGCGGUUGGCAUCUACGUUCACCUGAUGGGAAAGCGGCCGCUAAUAAUUCUGGGCUUUGGAUGCCUCAGCACAAAGUUACUAGCAAGAUAAGUAAACAUGAAGUCGUGGACCCAACGCAACUAGCUAAGGUCACGCAUACCCCUGCACCCCCACCAGUGUCGGCCUCCGCAGCGAAAAGAAGACUACCGCCGGAGGUCGAAGUAACCGUUGUUAAUCCAAACAAGAAAUUACGAUCAGACGAUUCCGUCGAUAUGGAUAUGCAAAAUUCAGGUUCUAUGGAGGAUAGAUACUGUACGAUAUGCGACAAGGAGUUCACAAAACGAGCGGCCUAUCAACGCCACAUGGACGAAGUGCACCAACCGAACUCCGUGUUUUGCCCGGUCUGUGAUAAGAGUUUUACUAGAAAGUCAACAUUGCUCAUUCAUAUGAAGAAACAUUACGAGAGUGGAGAGGGCAGUUCUUCUGCUACAGGUCAGGGGGACGAUGAAUUCUCGUGUGAUUUGUGCGGCGCGCAGUAUGACAAUGAUCAGGCGCUGAGGGCACAUCGGGCGAGGCAUCACGGAGAAGAGGAAGAAUCAGCGGAAGAGAGUGAUGACGGUAAUGUUCCUGCAGCACCCCCCGGUGAAUUCACGUGUGCACAAUGCGGCGAUGGCGUCGCUACCCCCCGAGACCUCAUCGCCCACCGCACGAUGCAUGCUACUCCCACCAAAUUCUUCUGUAACAUAUGCAAAGUGUACUUCGCUCGGGCACUCGACCUCUCUUCGCACACUCGGGCGCGACACGCAGACAACGAAAAAGUAUUCUUCCCGUGUGCCAUGUGCGACAGAUUUUACAUGAACAAGAAGAGCUUACAGCGACAUAUUGAGAUGGCUCACUGAUCUUCGGCUAUAUCGAGCUACUCAUAGCUCGCCUCUAGGAUAAUAUUUAGAAAGUGGAUGAAAGCGAUGCGCGUUUCUUCUACUCGUUAUUUUAAAUCUUGAUUUCUUCGUGGUGUCGAUGUGACUUGAUGCCGCCGGUUUUACAUUGUACAUACAUACAUUCUAUACAGACUCACGAUUUUUACAGCUCGGCUGUAGUGAAAUUUUAUUGUUUUUGUAUCAUUAUGAUGUCAUUCCUUGACUUAUGAUUUUAAAUGAGAAUCAAGUUUUAUUUUCCAUCGUUUAUUCUCGUAAAGCCUUGCUCACAAAUUGUGUUAUUUAUUAUUAUUACUCUGUCCAUAGUGAUAUAAAGACUGUUACUGAUUCGAUUUGACGUAAUGGUUUAUGUGGACUCACUUGGACACUUAUGUCUAUAGAAAUGUAAGUACUUAUCAUGAUUUACUAAAUAAAUUAUGAUAAUUAAGUAAAUAAUUAUAGCAAACUAUUCUAUUUUUGAAUAUUGGAAUUACGGGCCAAAAUUGUGAAACAUAGUCAAAAUCAGUCAACCAGUGUUUACUUGUGUGUAAGAAAUUGUUUCUUAUUAUGUAUGAUUAUUUUUAAAAUCUGUAAUUGUAUGGUCUUACGCGUUUUUUUUUAAAUUACGUUUAAUUUCUUAUCCUGUAAAUAUUAAAUAGUUGUUUUAUUUUCUUGUAAUUUUCGGGAUUCAAUGAAUUAUUUGAUUUGGUAUAAUAAUGGUAAGGUCAUUUGUGUUUCACUAAAAUGUACUGAUUAUUUUUAGUAUUUUUAAUAUAUUCUAUGUGAACCACUAAGGGCAUAUCUCCUCAUCUAUGGUGACAAGUAUAAUUUUGAAAAAAAUGUGGUGAUAAAGGCCUAAAAAUCUGGACAUAAUUAAAUGUAAAAUAUACUAUUAAGAUAUAUCUUAGAUUUUGGAUACUGUUAAUAUCGUCUUUAUACUUUUACAAUAAAAUAUUCUGUUCUCUCUGUCAAUCGGUGCCAAAAAAUAUCUUCCGUUAUCAAUAAAAUUAAUAUCAUAAUUACUGAAUAGAUAUAAAAUGUUCCUGUAAAUUUAGAGUGUAUAUUCUUGAAAUUGUACACUGUAAAUAUACUUUAUGAUAUGAUAUGGAAUUAAGUAUGUUUCGAAUUAAGUUUGUAGUACUAUAGUAUUGACGGGACUAACCAUAGUAACAGAAUUUCAUCUUUUCCGACGCAAACUAUAAAUUUAGACAAUGUCGGUUUGUCGUUUCUCGAUUGCCUUAAUACACAUUUAAUGUAAAUAUUUUAUAAAUUGGAGAGGUAACUAAUAAUUGAUGAAAUAAUCUUUUACAUUUCUUGAUUAAUGUACAAAUUAAGUGAUAUUAUGAACUGUAAAGAUGUCCUUCCUUGAUUGAGUGCGAUUUUAUAUCAGAGUUAAAAUUUGUUGAAAAAUAGUCAAUUGUCAAGCACUUUUUGAGACGCCGUGAAUUAUGAAUAUGAUUAUUACUGCUUAAAUCAAAAUGUGUAUGUAUACUAGUUUUAGCUAAGAAUUUAUUGGUUAAUUAAAUUAACCAUUAAAUCUUAAGUCAUAGACAAAAUUACUCAAUUCGAGUCAGUCUCAAUAUUAAUUAUCAUUUAUCCUCAUUUGUUUUUAAUCGGUUAUAAGUAUAUACUUUUAGUUUUAGUACAAAUCGUCAAGUUUUAUUUGAACUUUGAAUAAUAUUAGAGUGACAAGGAAUUUGUGUAAACUUAAGAACUGGAUAAAUAUUUUUAUAUUUGACGGCGUCUGAAUUUGUUAAAAUUGUCCAUAGAUGAGGUUCACUUUUGUCAUCUUUGUGGUUUGAUAAUAAAGUGACUUAAUGAUUAUUA